GAUCCUGUCGAAAAACUAAAGGUAAAUUGCCUGAAGUUUGGUCUGAAAAAUGGGAAAGAAACAGCAUCAGAAGGAUAAGCUGUAAGUUUGAUAGCUUAGGAAGGUUAUUGUGUUUUUUUAAGUGGGAAAGAAAAAUAUUACAUUGUUCGCCCUUACGUUAAGAACGAUAGAAUCAGCUGGGCAUGAUCAUAAAAUGGAGGUUUUAUUUUGUUUUACUUGUAUUAUGUCAAGGUAUUUAACAAACAAGGAAUGGAGAGAAGAAUGGGGUGGAAAGAAAGCUGGUAAGAAAAUUGACUUUACCUAUAAAUAGCCCAAAAUACUAGUAUACUCAUCGUAAGCUUUCUUACUACGACCUUGAAUUGUAACAGUUGUACAGUGUACUUGUUGCUCUGCAUAUCUCAUGUUUGCACAUCCUUCGUGAUUUAUUUGAGACUUUAUCUUAGAUCUUUUUCCCUCGGCUUUCGGAGGGCCAUUUUUUAACUAAGUUCUUUAAAGGAUUUACCUAUGGCUUUUGUUCUUGGGCUAUUUUAACUCUGCAAUAUGUUGAUGAUACUGAAGAUAAUAAUGCUGGGUGUAUGGUUUAGUACACGGUGUACCAUAUGUUUGCAAACGACUUUGGAGUCUGUCCAGGAACCAACAUGGGUAAGCGUGUAAGGGUGCUGGAUUUCAACUUAGUCGUUCUUAAUUCAAACAUAGGUGGUUACUCAAUAAUGUUUUAUUUGUGAGGAAAACUGUAGAAAAUUCAAUGGUUGUAAACAAAACAAUGAGUAAUACAUGUAAAUUUUGUGUCUUAGUCUCAUUGCUGUAAUUUUUUUUAAACUAAGAUGUCCCUGAAAAAGCAAGUUUUAGAAGAUUGCCAUUCUACUGCUGCAGGUGGGUGACUAUAAUUUACUGAUUUCCUUGUGUUUUUGAGACAUUUGACAUUUUUGUUUUUAAUACUAAUUAAAAAGUAAUGAUAAUUAGUUUUUCCUUUAAGUAUUGGAUACUUAUGAUUAAACUAUAAACUGUAACAGAACUUAUGAGCUUGUUUUGUUCUUUUCAUAAGCCUUGGCUGAAACUUAAAUUACAGCUAGGGUGUCAGGAGAAAAGUGAGACUGAGAAAAAAUAUACAUGGAUCCUGCCACACAAAAUUUUAAAAAUAAAAUAGUAACCUAGUGGGUGUAACACUGACGCAAUGUGGAUUUCAAGGUUUUCUGUCAGUUGUGAAGUGUUUAGAUAGUGUUGAGUCGUAGGAGUUAGCAAAACUCUUUGCUAAAAUUAUAUAUGAUUGAUAUUUGCUGAAAAAAAAUGAAAAGCUUGUAACUGACAAGUCUGAUCUAAGGGUCGUCAAAGGCUGCACUGGUCUGCCGCUUUGAUCUUCAAAGCUAGUAUGUAUUACUUGAUUCUAUUUUAUAAACUGUGGGCAUUUGAAAUAUAUUUUUGUAAUUAUGUUAUUCAUUUUCAGCCUUUCCAUGCAGCCAUUUGAACAUCCUCUUUGUACGAAAGAUGGCGUCAUAUUUGAUUUGCUGUAAGUUGUACGACAUUGUUUUAUAUUCAUGCCUAGUUUAUGCUUCAGCUCCUAAAUACAAGAGAGUUAAAUAAAAAGGGUAGAGGUGGUAGUAUUCUCCUUUGUCUCAAACCGUAAUAAAAAUAUUGUAUCAAUUACAUGUCAACCCCUUACACCCUAACAUCAGUAUGCAAAUUCUUUAUACCGUUCUGUAUACUUUUCCUAAGGAGCUGACAAGGAGAAUUUGUUUACUGAUCAAAGGCUUCUUUCAUUAGUGAUCAUUUCCUUUGUUCUCAUGACCUUAAUGUGUGAUUCAGGGGUGUAUUGUUGGGAGAAAUUAGAUGCUAGUCACUCUGUUAAACUAAUAUGCCACAUGGACAUUCUCAUCUUGUGCUAGGAAGAGUAGAACAGGUUGUUUUUACCCAGUAUUAGAUAUACCAAAAUGAUCAUUAGGUUUUAAAGCUGAGACAAAUCAGAUACAGUAGAGGGAAUUUUUAAAAGAUUUCAGAAAUGAGAAAUUGUGAAAAUGUUAGUUGUUUUUUAAUGGGGUUUCCUAUAUAGUUUGUUUUGUCUUUUCAUACUUAGUUGACUUUAUGAAUAAUUAUACAAAUAACAAAUUUUUACUUCUUUUCAUAAUUUCACAGAAACAUUGUUCCAUAUCUGAAGAAGUAUGGUAAAAACCCAGUUACAGGAGAGGUAUGCACUUAAUACACACACAAUACCUUCUGUCAGAAGGCUCUUUGUAUUUUUCUUAAAGAAAGUUGUUACAUUAAUAUGAGUGUAUGAUCUACUGUACGAGUGCACAUUCUAAAGAAUACGAUCACAUGAUGGUAAGAAUUCCUUCUCCACAGACUUUGCAAGCUAAAGAACUGACAAAACUAAAUUUCCACAAGAAUGCAGAGGGUAAGUGUAUUGAUGAAUAAUUUUUGAGCAGUUUUCUUGAAACAAAUAUUUAAUCGCUGUAUAGAUAAUUUAUUUUAGAUCUUGUCUUCUUUUACAGAUAAAUAUCACUGUCCUGUCACCUUCAAGGUCUUUAAUAGCAACACUCAUAUUGUAGCAGUCAAAACAACAGGAAAUGUCUUCUCUUUUGAGGUAUGUUUGUCCUAUUUACCAUCAAUGGAUAAAUUCAAAUGGUUUGUGUCCCUAUUACUUAACCCUUUAUAUGCCAACAUCAGUAUACAUAUUCUACAUUCUGUUUACUAUCCAUUUCUUUAGGUGUUGAUGAAGAGAAUUUGUUUAACAAUUAAGAGCUUCUUUAGUUUGUGAUCAUGUCCUUUAUUCUCAUGACCUUAAUGUGUGAUUCAGGGGUGAUGCUGUAAGGAGAAAUUAGAUGCUAGUCACUCUUAGGGGUUAAUGAGUUAAGGGACUCAACAAUCAACUGAGCCAACAAUGAAAUGAAACCUUUUUACUCGAAAAAUUCACUGAUGAUCAAAUGACAUCAGGUGAUUUUAGAAGAAGUCAUUAUUUAUUUCUCAUUCCCCCUUUUUAAAGAUUUCAGUAAUGGAAGUUGAUAUUAUUUUGUACAAGGUUAAAUAUAUAGUCUAAUUUUGCUUUAAGAAAGGGAAGGCAAGUACCAAAAUAAUAAUUUUGCCACUAACUGUGACACUGUUGUGGGAAAACCUAUUAAAAUGAGACAAAUAUUCAGCAAUUACCAAUUGUUACAAUCACUGUGUCACAAUUUCUUUUUGUUAAUAGGCAGUAGAACAGUUAAACCUUAAAACCAAGAACUUCAAAGACCUUUUGACUGAUGAACCAUUUACACGCAAAGACAUUAUAACUAUUCAGGUAUGCUUCACUUUGGACUGAAUGCCAUAUGAGAAAACCCAACAAGUGAAAGGUUCACUCUACCAGUUGAAAAAUUUCUUUUACCUAUUGGGCUGAAUUAAGGGAGAACACUGCUAAGAUCUGCAUAUAAGGAUAUUGGAUGUUUUUAAGUGGUGAUCUUCCUUAUCAAUGAGCUUUCCAAUGUAUGGUGUUUUAGAUUCUGACAAGACCUAACAAUCCUUCCUUACUGCUAGGUGAAAGCAUCCAAGUGGGAGUUCACAUGCAUUAACCCAUUACUCCCUAGCAUAUUCUCCACACUGAUCUAUACAUUUCCUAAGAUGCUGAUAAGGAGAAUUUGUUUAACAAUCCAGAACUUUGUCAGCUGGUGAUCAAUUCCCUUAUUCUCGUGAUAUCAAUGUGUGGUUUAGGGGUUACAUUGGUUGGAGAAACUAUAUGCUUGUCACUAUUAGGGGUCAAACAGUUAAGUCGUGUGGUUAGUUGGUUGUACACUCACAAGAAGUGACACAUAUUGUAUCUGAGUUUUUAUUUACUUUUUCUUCAAUGCAGGAUCCAUCAAGUCUUGACAAAUUUAAUCUUGCAAAUUUCCAUCAUCUAAAGAACAAUUUGAAAGUGGUUAAUGAAGGUAAGCCUGCAUUUAUUCCUGGCUUGGUGAUGUAAUGACUUCAAUCAGACUGUGAGCUACUUCUAAUUGUCCAUCCAGAGCAUGAUCAACAGAAAGACAUGCCCUUUUUACUACCAUGUUUUUCUGAGACCACUUGCGAUAAUGGCCUUGUAACAAUAGUUGUAAUGAUGACCACUGUGACAGAUGAUUAAAGUGAUGAUGCUGCUAGUGUUGAUUAUGAAUUGGAUUUUGUAUUGCUUUAGAUUUAGAUGUCAUCAGCUCAAUAUAUUUGUCUUUUAUAUUUGUCCAUCCUUAGAGGAGGAAAAAGCCAAGAAGGAUCCAAAGUACUACUUGAACAGGGCUAACAAAGACACCCUUGGUAUUCUGAGUGAACUAGAAAAAACUUACAAAGAACCUGUAAGUCAUCUGUAUGUCAUUUUGUAGUCAGCUGUUUUACUUUACUACAAUUCUAUGUUAACUGUUGUUUUCUAGUAGAGAAAUGCAGUUUGCACUUUUUUGGUAUCAAAUACAACUUGCACUUCAUAGACAUAAUUAUUUAAUUAAUAAUUAUUUUCAGGAGAAGAAGAGCACAGAGAAAACAAGUGAAUCACUUACAGAGAGAAAUGCUGUAAGUUUACUUGAAGUGUUUCCAUAUCACCCUUUAAUAACAGUGAAUCAACAUAAUUAUUCUCUAUGUGAUUCUUUAACAUGGGUUGGCAUAGAGCCACCUGUUUUGACAAUUUGAGAUUCCUCUGCUCUGAGAGUACAUUUACAUGUACAUGUCUGUUUAGACCAUGCGGAAAGAUGAAUUUUGAUAUGCCAAUUACAAUCCAGUAAGAAAAACUUGGGGUUGUCAAACUUGGUUCUCAGUCACAGCAACUCAAAGUAAAAAUUAAGAGUGUUUUUUAAAGAGGGUCAAGUGCUGCUGUAGUAACUUCAGAAGUUAAAAAUAUAAUCACAACUUAGAGAAAAACAACUGCUCAUUUUUAAUGCUAAUUCCAAGGAACACUUGAAAAAGUGAAGUUAUAGUGAUCCAUCAACAAAUUGCUUUUUCAGUUUUGCUGAAACAGAUUGUCAUCCAAACUCUGACAAUUCAAACUGAGUUUCAACCCUCAGAAGGAGGGUACAUGUAUGAUUUGUAUUGUGAAUGAUUAUUUCUAACUUUUCUUAAUGGUGUCAUGCAGGCUCAUUAUUCUACUGGUGCUGUAGCCAGCUCAUUCACAUCCACUGCACAAAUACCUGUCACUCAACAGGAGGCAGGUAUGUUCUCUAAAUACGUACUUCCUUUUUCAUUCUUGUAUGCUAGAUGAUAUCACUUAUCUAUGGUCUAUCAAUUUCUCAUAUUUAUUCCUUAACCCUUUAGCAAUUAAGAGUGAUUAGCAUCUAAUUUCUCCCUAUCAUCCCUGAAUCAAACAUGAAAUUCAUGAGAAUAGAGGAGAUGAUCACCAUCUUAAGCAGCUCUUGAUUGUGAAACAAAUUCUCCUUGUCAGCCUCUUUGGAAAUGUAUAGAGAACAGUAUGGAGAAUAUGCAAACUGUUCCUUUCCCUUACUCUCUUUCUCCCAACUUAACCCUCAAAACAUAAAGAGUGACUGGGUGGUUUUAUUCUUUGUGAGCCAGUAUGCAAAUGUCUGUACUGGGUCAGUGGUAAUUGGAUCACCCCUAGAAAGACAGUUUCAUUUUCUUUUUUCUUUUUUUUUUUUUUUUUUGACUGCUAAAGAAAUACAUUCUCUUUUAUGUUAUUAUACAAGCUGGCCUUGAUUCUUCUGAUUUUUAUUAUUGCUAAAUUUACUUCUAGCUAUUGUUGAUCAGGAUAUAGUGAGAUACAGAGAAGUGAAAAAGAAAGGUAUGGGCCUGUGUCUAGAACUUUUGUUGUUUUCUCAUGCUGAUGAGAAAUUUGAUGUAUGGUGAGACACGAAGUAGAGAUAUGAUUUGUAGUCACCAGUUCAGUUUUUUUUUUGUUUUUUUUGUCAAGGUUAUGUGAGACUGCAGACAAAUCAUGGUGAUCUUAAUUUGGAACUUCACUGUGAAAUGGUAAGGUGUGCUAACAUUCUGAAUUUCUUAGAUUACUUGAUUGACUAAUUCAGUAAGUCUCUCGAUUGAUCAUUCUUUAAUUUAUUAUUUGCACACAUUUCAAUAAUAAUAAUAAUAAUAAUAAUCUUUAUUUCUUAAGAUAAAAUCACAUAUCCUAAGUUACAAUAUAAACUCAAAAAACUAUUUACAUAUCAUAUCUAAAAGUUAUUCUGUUACUAAAAACGUUCUUAAACCUGUCAGUGUAGAUUCUAGGGACAGAGACUGACGUAUUUCUAAGAUUGUACCUCAUGUUCUUUUCCUUAGGUAAAAACUGGAAGAAUGGGCAUUCGGGGUCAUUCGAUCUUUUUUUGUAGAGUAUCUUGUCCGCCUUCUCUAGCAAAUCCCUGAUAUUUACAUUCUUGAAUUCUUACAUUCUUUACAUUUCUUUUCAUACAUCGGUAUGAAAAGAAAUUUCCUCAUAAACGAACUUGUGAUGCGUGUGUACAUGUUUUGAUCAAUUAGUCUUCUUAUUUUUUAGGUUUCAAAGACGUGUGAGAAUUUUAUAAAACUCUGUGCUUCUGGCUACUAUGACAACACAAGUGAGUUCAUUGAUCUUUUGUUUACCAAUAUUCAGACAGAUUUGUUUGCAUCUUAUCUUUUUGCACUAGAAUUGGGAGGGAAAUUAUACUAAGUUUAGGUGUCAAAGGUUGAAUAUUGGACAUGACAGCAUGACAGCGUGACAAAUAUUUUUUUCCAAAAAUCUGAAGAAGUGUCAAGCUUGCAAUAUUUAUAUCUGAUUUUUUUUUUGUGGAUUGUUCAUUUAGCUUUGAUAUUAUCCAUUAAGUCUGUAUAGCAUGCUAGUAAUAAUAAUGUUUUCUUUAUUAGUCUUUCACAGAUCCAUCAAGAAUUUUAUGGUAAGUGAUUCCCUAUUACUGAAAGGUUCCCUCUCGAUCACAAUACAAAUUGUCACUUCAUGUGGAUUAUUACUUAUGGUAAAAAUUGCUUUUGAAGGCUUUUAAACUUUUUUUUUAAUCGUAACGUUGUUUUUUCGUUCAAAUGGUUUUUCCUUUAGAUUCAAGGAGGAGAUCCUACUGGAACAGGGCGAGGUAAAGCUUUUGACUGACGCUCUCUUUUACCAAAUACCGCCAGAAACCGGGCACCCUGUCAUAUCAUAUUUCUUUCAGAAUUAUUUGUCGUUUUUUUUCAUAUUAUUUCUAUUCAAGGUUUGGUCCUGUCGAUGAUGUGCCCAGGUUUUUCAACAUUUAGUUAAAAACUGCUCUAAUGACUGUAUUGAUCAAAAGUUAUUACAGAUACAUGGUUUUGUGCUUUACUUUGGUUGGCAGGUGGUGAGUCGGCCUGGGGAGAGCCAUUCAGAGACGAGUUCAAACCGAAUUUGAUACAUCAAGGUAAGAAUGUUGAAGACGUGAUAUUUCUGCGGCAUAAGGCCAGUUGGAGAAAAUUGUCAAGGCGCCGUCAUCUUCAACGAAAAUGUUUCGUGGAUGUUAAAUUUGACACUGAAAGCAAUUGUCUUUUUUUCUUCAGGGAGAGGCAUUCUAAGUAUGGCAAAUUCAGGACCGAAUACAAAUAAAUCCCAGUUGUAAGUAUCACUCCUUGAGAAACUUCCACCUGUUGUUUCUUGUUAGGAAAUCGUGAAACACUGAUUAGAAAGUUCGCAACCUUAUUGUUAACAUACCAUUCAACGAUUGAAAAAAGAUACUUUUUUUAAAAAGAAUCAGAUGUCCCAUAUUCCGAUUAGUUAUUUUAAUCUUAGCCUUUUCUUCUCUCUUGAAGCUUUAUUACGUAUCGCUCCUGUCGUCAUUUGGAUGAAAAACAUUCCGUGUUUGGCAGGUAAUAAUGUUAUUAAUUUUAUCCCCUUGUGUUUUUUUGUUGUUGUUGUUCUUGUUGUUGUUAUUUUUUUCAUAUUAGAGGUUUAUGUCUCAAGAAAUUAAAGACUUUGACGUUAUAUACCACGGUAGACACUGAUCCAAUUGUGUUUUUAGUUGACUAUCAAUUUACUGUUGUUUUUUCUGUCUUCAGAUUGGUUGGUGGGCUCGAAACAUUAAGCGCUUUGGAAAGAGUAGAAACUGACGAAAAAGAUCGACCAAAGGUAUUAGUGGAAAAAAGAAAAAAACGCAUUAACAAAGUUUAAGAGGUUUGGCUCAUGCUUCAGUGGUAAACACGGCUGCUGACUGCUGAACGAAGUUACUCGACUUCGCUUCAUAUAGCAUCAAAAUGUUGACAUUUAGUAUACACGGUUAGUCUCUCACCCUUGUAUAAUGUAUGCACCUCCUAUAUUAUUCAUUCUUUGUAUUUUCUUUUUAGGAAGUGAUCAAGCUAAUCAAAGCCACGGUGUUUGUGAAUCCUUUCGAAGAAGUUGACGCUGUGGUUAGUAUAAUUCUUUUACUUUUUGAUUGAAUAAUCCAGUGAUUUCCCUUAUUUUAAGCAUGUCAGAUUAAAAUGAAUUUUAAAACCAGUAGAGCAAUCCUUUUACCUGACGAAUUUUAAGUAAGUCCAAGCGAUAUAAAGCAUUGAUAGGAGGGAAAAAAACUUGUAAGGCAGUGUCCAAGUUUGGACACUAGUGUCUAAUUAUAGACUCUCGUGUCCGAUUUUGGACACUAGUGUCCGAUUUCGGUAACUAAUGUCCGAUAUAUAUAUUUGUGUCCGACAUAUGUAUUUUUGCCUACGUUGUUCCUAGGCUCUCUCUUCCUCCCGCAGGCUAGAUAGAGAUAUGUGAUAUCAAUAAAAAUGAAACAAGCAAAUGGUUUUUUUAUUUUUUUUUUAGCUUCAAAAAGAGCGAGAGAAAAAGGAAGAAGAAGAAAAACAGCAGGUAAAUUUGGAAAGUGACGCAAGGGUAUUUUUUUCCAUUAAUGAUUGUUUUAGUCAAUUCUGUUUCCAAGUUUCCAAUUUGGUCGAAGUAAUCCAAUAAACGCACGUGUAACUUCAAGCCUUACUAGAACACUUGGGAUUCUGGGACGGGCGUAGACUUUCUGCUCUCCUAUUUUCUGCCGGCUGUUGUCCUUUAACCGAAAGGCACAGUUAAAAAAAGCUUUUAAACCUUAAGAUGUGGAAAUGCGUCGUCGAGAGAAUACAGUUUGAGCUGGGUUGAAUAUCUUUUAUCAACUUUGAUGUUCCAGGCGUUCAGCCUGUUAAGUGGUGCGAACUCCGCAUGAAAUAGUGAACGGCGCGAUAUAAGUAGGGGAGGUGUUGGUUCGGCCGUGUAAGGGACCCAGGUCUCCUUCGUUUUUUCACUUCCCAGCGACUAUCGCGAUUAUCGCUCUUCGUUUUCCUAACUGUACGGCAGGAACAACUUAACCCUUUUAAGUCCCAAGAUCUGAGUACUAAUUCUCCCCUCUAGCUGCUACUUAUCUUCCUGUAAUUUAGUUACGAGAACUUCGUGUUGGAUCAAGAUGACAACUUCCACCUGAUGAGUUUGAGUAUUCUCAUCACCAGUUUGCUGGAUAAUUUAUGGUUAUUAUAGAUAGAAGUUACAUUUUAAUCACUUCUGUGCGUUAAAGGCUAUUACUGAUCAACACAGUUGUGUCUCUUCAGUAUACAGAGUUGUUUAAGCUUUUCGGUAUGAAAUUUUCCCAGAUUUGUGCUACAAAUGGGCGGUAGAUGCUCGUUAAGUAGUGAGACAGCUGUUGAUAAUAAAUGGAUACCGAUUGUAAAACCUCCUGAACAGUGAGAUAAAAGUGAACCUUUGUUGGGUGAUCUUUGUACAGUGCGUGAGCAAUAUGUGAUUCGAAUUAUUUCAUGUAAAAUUUCCUUCAUUUUCCGCGUGUUCAGGAAGAAGCCGCCCGCAAAAAGAAAGCGGCUGCCACGCCAGCAGAGGCACCAAAGGUUUACCGGUCAGGAGUUGGAAAAUAUAUUAAACAGAAGCCAGCGUCAAGGUAUGAUAGGAUAUAUCCGUUUAACUCUUUUUUUCGAAAAAUUAAGUAGUUUUUCAUUUGUUAAAACCUCUGAAGGCUCCUUGGGAGUGCAAGGUUAUGUCUUCCAGCGUAAAAUCAGAGUUUAAAAAGUGCAAUUUAUUUGCUUUGUUUUUUUUUCUACAAUUCUUUGUCUGAGUUGGAGAAUAUCCAGUAUCCCUGGAGUUAGCUUUCGCUUGUAUUUUUCUUGCACGAGAUGCUGUCAUUGCCGUUUUUUUUCUUCAAUCUUUUGGCCCAACUUUUUCAGGGAUGCUGAAACUGCUGACCUCGCACCGCAACAAUCGAAAAAGAAAAUUAAAGUAUCUGGCGGAUUCAAAGAUUUCAGCUCCUGGUGACACAAGAAUGGCUUGAAAUUCCGAUCAAAAUGUUCCACUCAUUCGUCCGUAAAUUAAAAGAAACAUACGAGGGAACUACCCUAGUAUUGAGAACUCUCCUGUUGCUCUUGGAAGGUCAGGGAAUCCUGGAAAUCGUCAUGUUUUCGCAGUCUUUUUCCUACAAACCUGUGCCAAGCAAGAACAUAAUCCGGAAGUGAAACUUAACCGCGUCUAUUAUGCGGGUUACUUCGAUCGCCACAGUGCUAGCUCUAUUAAGUUGACAUUGCCAACCAUCAAUGCGGCUAUUUCGCCUACAAAGAAAUAACAACCACAAGUAAAUUGUAGCAUUAUUCCGUCAAAGGCGAAAGAAAAUACUUGCGAGGGCUCUUCAACAGCAAAACAUUCUUAGCAGCCAAAUUGAACGUGAGGUUAUGAACGGUUUGACGAUCUAUAAUCUCAAACAAAUAGUCGUGGCUUUUUUUGAUAGGAUGUAUAGACCAAGCUCGAAGUAAACUGCUAUCAACAUCUAUUCGCGUUGAACAACUGUGGACAAUAUUUUUUCUGUACAUCUCGCGAAGUUGAUGAAUAACUUUUGUAAAUCGUGAACACUCAGGCUGUACAAAGCUAUGAGUAAUAGUGCUCUUACUAUACGCCUUGUAAAUAUAAUUUAUAUUACUAUUAUUUUUUAUUAUUAUUAUUUUUUUAUUAUUGUUAUCAAAUUUGUAUUCUAUGGUAUGACAAGUAUUCCUUUCAGAUUCAUCACCCGAGUCGUACCAGGUCACAAGCUAACUGGUCAUCAUUCAGAGGAUCUUGCAAGAAAGUAACCAUAUGUCUCCAUAAAUCUUUUUUUUUUUUUCGUUUGGCUAGCAUGCCAAGAAAGCGACCUCCGGAAAAGAUGAUGUUGCAGUCCGUACUGCUGGUUAUUUUAUCACAAUCCUUUAUAUUCGUCUCUUCACGUGUAGUCUGAUUCGAAGCGAAGAAGUCGAUUUCAGGCUAAGAUCUAUGAAAAUAAACUCUUCUAUCAGACAUUUUCGAGAUAUUUUUCGGCUGAGUAGGCGCGAUGGUUCGUGCAAUGCUUUCUAGACGCGUCUUAAACGCAAUGUAUGCCUGGACAUAACCCGUGCAAGCUUUCAGUCACUUCAAUACCCAUCAUGCUGUUUCUUAGUACCGUGAGUCACUCGUAAGCUCAUCCAUAGGCUUAUAUUUUUUAAAUAAACAACCAUUACAAAACAUUUUCAACGAAACAUUGGCUGUGUCGAAGCGCUUCAUGGCACCAGUCAGCAAAAGGAGUAUCAUGAUUUCACCUCAAUUCAUAUUUCGUGAUCAAGCGGCCAACAUCAAAGUUACGUAUGUCACGUCCUCUGAGCCACAAAAUGCAAAUUUUGGAGAACGUGGUAUUGAUUAAUAUAAUCUCGUGACUGAAUCUGAAUUUAUUUACACAGAGCCGUGUAGUUGACAACUUCAUUUGUUCCGGGGAAGCGUGUCAGAUUUUAAAGGAUAACGAGAAAUGAUAGCAUUAUAACUUUUGUAGGAAUAAAAAUGGCGUUCAAAGAAUCACAGAUAUUUGCUGUUACAGAAAAUAAGUACAAUAUAGUGUCCAAAAAAAAAAAACGAAACGAAACGCUGAUUAACGGAGAUAUUUCCCUUAGUUCCUUUGAAUGUCACUCUGUCAACAUAAGAAAUACUUUAAGAGUGAAGAAUAGUGUAAUCCUAAUGAAAUUAUUUUACUUUUUAGGCCAGGAAAGCUAUGAUCACUGUUGCGUGCAAGAGUGACUCUUUUUAAGUGGAUUCAUCUUUUGAAUCGCGCUGAAAGUCACGCGCUCGUCACAACGGAAAAUGUUACAAAGGCACGAGCCGUUUUCGAACAAUUUUUAU